UUCGGGCCCAUUUUUAAUUUUCUGUUGCGACCACCGCCAGCAGUAUUUCUAAUUCUAUCGUAAAUGUUUUGGGAAAGGACACCCUUUAGGGAACUUCACUGCUACUAUAAAGGGUGAGAGACAUCAAGAUGAGUAUGAGAGGGAAACACCAUCAGCAUCUUGAGAAAGAGAAGCCAGAUGUGAUGGGACCCCGUAGCAAGCUAGAGGGUGUCUUGCAGAACCUAGUGGAGAGAGCUGAAGAAGAGAGUCAUCCAGAUGAAAUUGAACUGGGUCCAAUCAUCAAAAAAGAAGUUGAAGACAGUGAGCAUGUUGAGCUUGCAUCACCAGCAAAGAGACCCAACAGAUCAAGGAAGAGAAGAAAGAGGGAACUUCCUUCAGAAAACCUUGACAAUGAGACCAUAGAUGCAGCCAGGCUACAGCAUUCCUACGUGAUGAAGGUAUUUGAUCGCAGCGUUGACCUGGCACAGUUCAGGACUUACUCGGCGCUGUACCCAGUAUGUCGAGAAUGGAUGCAGAAUAAACCAGCCACCCAAAGAGGAUCAAGGGAUCGCUCUCGAUCUCCCGAACCUUUAGAUGACUCGGAUGAGAAUAGUCAGCCGCCUCUUUACCGGCUUCCAGGACCCAGCAAGCUUGCAUCUUACAUGAGGGAAGAGAGUGGUCAAGACCCCAGGGUACCACUCCCCAUGCCAAACCAAGAGACGCUUGAUAUAAAUUCCCCUAGCUACCUCUCAAAAGAUGAACUACUGAUGAAGAACAUGGACAGAUGGAAAACAAUUAGGCAUUCUUGGAAAUCCAGUGCUCAGUACAACCAGGCGCGUUACAAUGAGAGCUAUGCCAUUCUGAAGGCUAUGUAUGAACGCCAAUAGCGCCUGAAGACGUCAUUGACUGUAAAUAUUUCAGUGGGGCUUUCCAUGUUACCAUUACACACCAUGUCUUCCACAUCAUUGGACUCGGAGGCCUCACGACACAGCUUCUUGGAUGU